AUGGUUAGGGCGGUUGCACGGCUAUUGGCUUCUCCGCCGGGGGUCGUGGAUUCGACUCCCAGACGACAAGUAUUUGACGCAGAUAAUUGUUCCGAAUCAGGUGAGAGCGUGACAGAAGAAAAGAAGCCACACCCGAACACAUACACUCGCGUACGGGGCGGUGGAUACAAAUCGCAAUUCACUCUUUACGACACGGGUACGGACAGUGCACGGCUACGUGCGACCGACGUGACACUGGCGUGGAGACGUGGUCGAAAGGACUACGGCUAUUUAAGGAACGCGAGCGCUGAGGCAGCUAACGCGUUGGCCGAGGCUUGGCGGGGCGUGAAGAGCCUGCUCAUCCUUGCAACAGCAGAAGUUGUUGAAGUGAUGUCCUGUAUGACUAUUGUCCCUUGGUGGGCCGUUCGUCGCAACGAGUUCACAUCGACGUCGACCGUCCAUUGUGGUGACGACGGCGCACAAUUGCCAAUUGAAAGCGGCAAUGUAAUGACUUCGGGCAAAAUUCAUUGUGCAAUCACGGCGGAGAAUGACAUCGGUUUCGUCGACGGUCAUUGUAUAGCGCGAUGGGCCAAAUCGGUCCACUGGUUCGAAGUUAUUUGUUCUAAUGGCGAGAGAGUUGACGGCGAUAUGACGUCACGAGAGAGAAAA